GUUGCGGCUCCGUCGCGUGUGAUGUUAUUCCACUUGUGGAAAAUAUUGCGAAUUACGCUGUAUUUUGACUAAUAUUUAAACAGUAUAAUAAUCUUAAACAUUUCAAUUUCCACUUUUCAUCUUUCCACCUGAACAAUCAUCUCGACAACGAGUGUUAAAUAUCGUAUCGUUAUCUUAUUGUUUAUUUUCAUUUCCUUUGCGCGGGAAAAACGCCGGUUUUGUGAAAAUUAUGUUGUUUAGUGAUUUUCUUUGUUCUUGCUACGUUCUAUGACAUUUAUUGGAUUGUAGAUUUGUGUUUCUUUUUUUCUUUUGUUUUAUGCCGGUGUCCACCUACACGUGUUUUAUCGAUCGACCGGCGAGUUUUAAGGUGAUUUGCCGCGGCUGUAACGAAGCAUCGAUUUGAACGAUAAACUGAACGGUUUCGGGAGCCGUUAGUGAAACAAAGGCAUAGUUUAUGAAAAGGUGAACUUGUAACAAUCGAGAAACAGAUUGAUAACACAAAGCGAAGCAGGCGCAUUGGCCUCCGACCAUGAAUUAGAUAUCGCUGCAAACGAUAUCGAAACGUGAGUAUCGUGACUCGGAGAACACAAUAUCCAAAUGUUGAAGAAUGAUUUACGAGGAUGCCGGUGUCCUGAAGAUGGCCUCACGCACCCCGUCCCUUGAGUCGCUGCCCGGUGCCAAUUCUAUAGGUUCGCUGGAGCGUGGCUCCUUAUCACCACUGACCUUAAGCGGCUCCUCGCCUCCCGCGAGUGACUCCGCCGUAUGUGAUCUUCGCGAAUUCGACGGUCUAGACACCACCUGUGCGAUUUGCCGAGAAACAUUCGUUGACCCUAAAGUUCUCAACUGCUUCCACACCUUCUGCAGAGGUUGUCUGGAGCGAGAACAAACUCACCCCGACAAAGUAACUUGCGUCACUUGCCGAGUGGAUAGUCACCUGUCUCCAGCCGGUAUACCUGGACUCCUCACAAACCUAGUGAUUGCAGCAGCCGUCGAACAGGACGCUGAUCUUCUGCCUACCGGACGUCAGACUAAUUCGCCCACUGCGCCUUGUACUGGCUGCAAGUCUAAGGAAUCCGACGCUGUAGCGCGCUGUGUAGAUUGCGCUAACUUCCUGUGCCCCAAUUGCGUCAUGGCUCACCAAUUCAUGCAUUGCUUUGAAGGUCAUCGUGUGCUGGCCUUCACGGACCUAAAAGAUGAUAAAGGUCUUCUUAACUCGACGCUGUCGGCGAGCGGUGAUAAAACCGCAUUCUGCCCGAGACACAAAAAUGAUAUUCUGAAAUACUUUUGUCGCACUUGUUCUGUGCCAGUGUGCAAAGAAUGUACUAUUAUCGAACAUCCCGCGGCGCUUCACGACUGUGAACAUUUGUCGGAUGCGGGGCCUAAACAACUUGAACUCAUGCAGCAAGCAGUUAAUGAAGCUAAAACACGUGCAACAGAAAUAAGACACGUUGUGAAGACGGUGGAACAUGCUGCUGGUAAACUUCAAGUUCAAUAUCAUAAAGCUCAAAAUGAAAUUAACGACACCUUCCAAUUCUACCGCUCUAUGCUAGAGGAGCGUAGACAGGAGUUACUGAAGGAACUUGAAAGUGUUUUCUCUACAAAACAAAUUGCUCUCACUGUCGUGGGACAGAAAGCUCAAGAAACUGUAGACAAAAUAUAUCAAACAUGCGAUUUCGUGGAAAGGUUAACAAAAUGCGCCAACAUCGCUGAAAUAUUGAUGUUUAGAAAACUUUUAGAUACUAAACUGCAAUCUUUAAUUAGCACAAACCCAGAACAAAGUGUACAAACAGCUUGCGAACUUGAAUUUGUAUCGAAUUAUCAAGCGAUACAAGUCGGUGUAAGGAACACUUUCGGUUACGUUCGCUCUAGUUCUGAAGCGAACGUCGGUCCCACCAAACAACCACCAAUUGCUCGUCCCACCAACGGUUCUCUGUUGAAUGGCGGAUCUUCAUCAAGCAGCAGCAGCGUAAAUGGAAGCUCAGGAAGCCUUAACGGUGGUAUUCACCUACCGACCGGAUUAAAUGGUGUUUUAGACAGACCUUACUCGAAUGGACUUCUCGGUCCUACGAGCCAAUCAACAUCUCCGUUUGAUACGAAUAUUAUCUCCAAACGUUUUACUAGUGGUAGCUCUCUGGGGCCUUUCUCCACUGCUAUUGGAGACAUCAACUUAAACGGUAUAAACCCAUACGAAAAAUGGUCAAAUGGAGGAUGUGACACGCUGUUCCCUCCUGCCACAUCGGACCCAUAUUCUCUUUCUGCUGCCGCUCAUUCGGAUCCAAUUUUAGAUUUGACCAACAAAUUAAUAUCCACUGCUAUAUUCCCUCCAAAAUCACAGAUCAAACGUCAAAAGAUGAUAUAUCACUGUAAAUUCGGUGAGUUCGGUGUGAUGGAAGGCCAAUUCACAGAACCAAGCGGAGUCGCUGUCAAUGCUCAAAACGACAUUAUUGUCGCCGAUACUAACAACCACCGAAUUCAGAUUUUCGACAAAGAGGGCCGCUUUAAGUUUCAAUUUGGCGAGUGUGGCAAACGAGAUGGACAGCUAUUGUACCCUAAUAGGGUGGCCGUUGUCCGAACCUCUGGAGAUAUUAUCGUAACAGAAAGAUCGCCGACUCACCAAAUACAAAUUUACAAUCAGUAUGGUCAAUUUGUUCGAAAAUUCGGUGCCAACAUUCUUCAACACCCCCGCGGUGUCACCGUGGAUAACAAAGGACGAAUAGUCGUCGUAGAAUGUAAAGUAAUGCGUGUCAUUAUCUUUGACCAAGUAGGAAACGUUCUACAGAAAUUUGGAUGCUCAAAACAUUUAGAAUUCCCGAACGGCGUUGUGGUGAACGACAAACAAGAAAUAUUCAUAAGUGACAACCGCGCGCAUUGCGUCAAAGUCUUCAACUACGAAGGCAUUUACUUACGACAGAUCGGAGGAGAAGGAGUGACCAACUACCCGAUAGGCGUGGGCAUCAAUGCCGCCGGCGAAAUCUUAAUCGCUGACAAUCACAACAACUUCAACCUUACAAUAUUCACUCAAGACGGCCAGUUGGUAUCGGCUUUAGAAAGUAAAGUAAAACACGCUCAAUGCUUCGACGUAGCUCUCAUGGACGACGGCUCGGUAGUGCUCGCGAGCAAAGAUUACCGCCUCUAUAUUUACCGUUACGUGCAAGUGCCACCUAUUGGCAUGUGAACGUCCCGACCUCACUCAACCCCAUCGCAGUCGGGAACUUCCGGCGACACUUAAAGCCAAAAAUAAAAGUAAACGAUUCUGGCCCUAUGUGUCAAUUUUUAUUACAAAGUGACUGUUGAAGUGAAAUAUAAGAAAUAACUACGUUUGCGGCUGUCUCGAUGUGAUCACUUUACCGAUAGCCCUCCGCCGAGGCGAAGACGCCUACGUCGAGAGAGGCUCGAUGCAUUAUGUACCUAUAUUUUAAACGAAACUGUAAUGAGAUUAGUUUUAGUAUUGACAUUGUUAUAUAAGUACCUAAGUGGAGUACAGAGAUUAUUCCGUUGGUUGGAGCCGAAAAUAUCGUACGAUUCUCGACCCUUAUCAUUUUUGAACUAUGAAUAAUAUUUUUCCAUAUCCCACGUCGUUAAAUUAGGGAUGAAUAUUACGGGCGUUUGUAUUAUUUAGCCCAUUUGUUGGACCAAUAUUUUAACUAUUAUUACUUAAAAUUGUUAGGCGUUAAGCGAGUGAUUUUAUUGAAUUAAGAGAGCAUCGAGUGGUAUUGUUGUUAGUUUUAAGGACAUUCUUCGGCACAAUGGCACUUCCUGUUUUGAAUUAGCACUUAUUCUGUGUCGAUGGAAAAAUAAUUAUGAAUCUAAUUAAGAAGUUGUUACAUAUUCUUAGGUAAGUGUUAAAUGGAAUUAAACUAAAAUGGACAACCUUUAGUUACUACCCCCUUUUUAUUGUAGUUACAAAAAUUAGGGAAAGUGAUGUUAGGGGUUUUAUCAAUGACAAAGUUGACUGCGGCGUCUCUUGAAGUACGUAUAGAUCAAAAGUUUGGUUGAUACAACUGGAGAUCUAUCAGACAUCACACGAGAAGUGAGUUGCGCCAGUCCUUGGAAUGAUAAUAACUUAGAGUAUUAUAAAGCAUUUGAGAAUGGUUGUUUUUGAUUUUGAGUAUUGGAACACUGUUAGGACUACAGAUAUGACGUCAUUACCGCCUAGUCACUGAGAGCCCACGGAUCCAUAAAUUCCUCAAUUUCGUUGUUUUUAUUACAAUUAGUAACAUUUGGUUGAUAUAAUAUUAUUCGUUUUUAUACAAAACUUAAGUAGGUAUUUUAUAUUAAUUAAACACGGUAGUAACUAGUAGAGCACUUAGUGAAGGUUCGUUUCGCUAGAUUUUUUGAUUUAACUGUUUCGAGAUUUUAACAGUGUGCCGCAUUUUGUUGCUCACUGUAGUAUUAUAGCUUACUUGAUAUGUCUCACAAACCUGUUGAUUCUAGUAAGAUAUUUUUUUAUACGAAAACAACUUUAUUUUUGUAGCAUUAUUAGUUUACGGUGCAUGUGUAACGUUUAUUUCUCUUAUUUUAUGAAUAUUACGCUAUCGUUAGUACUACUUUACCGCGUGUUUGAGUGUGUUAGAGGAAUUAUUUUAGCUCGAUUUUUCAUUAGUUUUCAUUUUUAGUUAUAUUUUUUUGUAGUUUGCUGAAUAUAUGACAAUAAUCAGAUCUGCCGCUUAAUGUUUGAUCUGAAUAAGCCACUAGAGUAGGACUGGCACACCCGUAGAAGGAUUGAAGCCACGCCACUAUGACCUUUGCUCGUAUCUCGCAAUACCUGCUUUACAUGUGCCAUACAACCAUGUUGUGAUGUAUUAAGUGAUAUUAAGUGUUGUUUGUAAAUAUAUACCAUAAUAUCUUUGUACCGAAUUUUAUACAUAAGUUAUCGAAUUUUUUCACUACUAUUUGUGCAAAUUACUUGGUCAAUAAUGCAAUGAAUUGCUUAAAAAAGCUUUAUGAUUUUUACACUUAUUUCGAACGAAAGACAUUAUUGUUCGCAAAUUUGCAUUAAAGUCUCUGAAAGGUUCUCGGGAUUAUUUAAUUGUCUGCAUUUAGCAGUCCACGGUGCUUUCAAUUGAAUCAUAUUUGACGUGGCUUCGAUCUACCUCCAUCAGAUUCUGUCACUAGAUUAGGCGAAAUAGAGGUUUUGAUCCAUUCUUUAGAAUCUAAAUUGCAGUGAUCGAUCACCAAUGAUUUGACGUAUAGCGUCUGUUCCUAGUAAAUUAUUCCGUUCUAAAGAUGGCUUUCAGAAUUUUAUUUCUUUUAAUCUACUGCACUCAUUAUGGUAAGCUUGAUUUAAACCGGUAAUGUUUCUUUUGUGAUCAAUGACAAUUAUGUCAUCAUUACGAGAUCCAAUAAUUUGUUUAGAAACGAUGAAUAAAAGUCACACGAGAAACUAUCGGUUUAAAUAAAUCUCUUAGGAUUAGACCGGAACGUUCAUUGAUCGCGUUACCCACGAACGAUCGGUCUUUGAUAAAACAUACGCUUUUACUUAAUUAAAAAUGAUUCAUCGUAUUAUAUUUAUAUUAAGUACCUAUAACUUAGUAUAUCGAAAUUCUAUGUAAGAUUAUGCAACUUAUGACAACUGCUCCCGUUAUCUAUGUAAUCCAGUUUUUAUUAUUUUUUGAUUUUACAGUAAUUAUUUAGUUUUGUUUUUCAAGAGACGUGUUUUAAGUUUGUAUUAUUUUUGUUCACAAAUGACUAAGUUUGUGGUUUAGCAUAAUAUAACACAAAAAGAUUUAAGAGUAAAUCGCUCAUUCUUAAAAAUUGCAUUUCUGAAUCUUAGGACUGAUUAAAUUUGAAACAUGUUUUGUCUUUAAAUAUAUUUUGUCAAUGUUUGUUGUUAUAAUUAUUAUAUUUUUUUUAAGUAUUUGUAUAAACAAUUGUUCUUUAAAUUAAUGUACGUCGUUUUGUUUUGAAUUAUUUUUGUUGUAUACUUGCUUUUUUAUAAUAAUACCAGUUCUUUGCAGUUUGACUGUGUGUUUUAUUUUUGCUUUGCCCAAGUAGUGCUACUCAGUAUUCCACCGUAGUCACCGCUGUGCUAGUCCAUCUAACACAAUGAUGACUUUAUCAAGUUUGUGCUAUUGAAUCCCCAAACACAACGUCUGUGCCUUACUAAUAAAAAUUCAUAAACUUUGUCACGUUUCUCUCUUGCCGAGUUCGCUUCCAGCACUGUACCUUUAAAUUUCAAUCAAUCUCAAAUAAAUUUAAAAUACUGGGUUCUGUAGCACAAACGACCGGUUUUAGGAACCACGAGUGAGUUUUAUAAUUUGGGGUUCUUGUGUGUGUGUGGGUGUGUGUGUGUGCAUUUUUAUGAGAAUUAAUUUAAUACAGUUGGUGUUGGGGAACAAACAUUGGCAUGAAAUUAGUAAGUAUUCAUUUAGAUUUUAACUACACAAUUAGACGAGCACCAUUUUUUGUUUUUUUUAGGAUUUGCUGCACAUUUGCCUUGCAACGUAAAUUUAAAUAUGACGUUACUCAUGUAGCAUCUCAGUGCAUUAGGCGGUAGAU